GUGAGAAUUUCCUGUAUUGUGAUAUCCGGAACAUUUUAGAAGCUAGUAGUUAUACUGCUUCUUGCUCAGUACUACACAUAUGUGGCUCACCAGUAGAUGCUGCAGGAACAUAUGUAAAUACACCUUUUUUUCUUUCUCUUUUUCUUUUAUAAGUUCUUCACGCACAACUUUUGGAUUCUUUUGCUUCCAGCCCAGCUCUGUGAUCGAGAUCGAACACCACUCUUCCCCAACAAGCACUCCUCGCAGCUUCCCUGCAUCCACCUGGGACAUCAUCUCUCAUGGCAGCUUUUCAGAACAAUUUAUGGAACCUGAUUUCUGGAGCCUUGGCAGUAGUGUGCCUUUUGUUGAUGGCUGCUUUGGGAAUUUUAUUGAAAAAUUCGUUUGCCACAGAAAAUAUUCAGCCAAUACCCAGUCCAGGAUUCACUCUAGAACCCAAGAAAGGCUCUGGCUGCUGUCCUUGCCAAGAAAAGUGGAUUGGGUACCGAUGCAAUUGUUACUUCUUUUCCAAUGAACAAAAAACUUGGGCAGAAAGUAGGGAUUUCUGUGCUUCUCACAAUUCCAGUCUUCUUCAGCUGGAAAGCAAAGAUGAAUUUAGCUUUAGGAUCUCCAGUGGACUUUAUUACUGGAUUGGACUCACUUAUAAUGAAAGACGUGGUGCGUGGCUGUGGGAGGACGGCUCUGCUCUCUCCCGGGAUCUGCAAGGCCCUCCGCAACUAGUGGCUACCCUUCUCCAUAUGGAAUUCACAUCAUGGCUGCUUGCAUCUUCAAAGCCAGAAAGAAAGUGUCUCUGGUUCCUCAAUCUCUGACCUCUAGACUCUUUUAAAAUGUUCAUCUACUUAGAUCAGGCCCACCCAGUAUUACCUCCUUUUUGAUUAUGUCAAAAUCAACUUAAUUGUAUCUGAAAAAUUUUCUCACCUUUUCCAUGUAACCUAAUCUCAUCACAGGAGUGACAUUCCAUCCUAUUCACAAAUCCCACCCUCACUCAAGGUGGGGCAGAUUACAGAGGGCAUUUAUACCAGGAAGCUGGAAUCUUAGGGACCAUCUUAGAGUAUUGCCUAUUACACCAAUUACCUUAGUUAUCUAGUGCCGCUAUAACAGAAAUACCACAAGUGGGUGACAUUAACAGAAAAUUUUUUUCUCACAAUUAGGAGACUAGAAGUCCAUAUUCAGGAUGCUGGCUUUAGGGGAAAGCUUUCUCUGUCAGCUCUGGAGAACAGCUGCUGUUUCUUCAGAUUCUGCUUCCCAGUUCCUUGGAAAUUUCCAUGUGUCUUGGUAUCUAUCUUACUCCAUCUCUGCUCACUGGUUUGCUUGUUUAAUCUCUUAGAUCUCAAAAGGGAUUGAGUAAAGGUACACCUUAGGCUAACUCUGUUUCAUUAACAUAGCAAAGAAAAGCCAUUCUCAAAUGGGAUUAUAACCAUAGGCAUAGAGGUUAGAAUUUACAGCACAUAUUUUUGGGGGGCACUUUUCAAUCCAUAACAUGAACAUACCCAUAUAAAAUGAAACUUUCAUUUCUCAUUUUAUUAAAUUUAAUCAAUGCCUUUUGAAUCUUGAUAAGAUAGCUGAGAAUUUAAAUCACACAUUCUGCAACAAGUAAUUCUAUUCAAUUUUUCCCAAUAUACUAAUUCUCAGCUCCUCCACAGUGACAAGUAAAACCUCACAUAGUAUGCCUGAGAAGGAUGGAGUUAUUUUAGCCAUAUGAAUUGGAGCAGUUCUUUUCUUGUCUUUAGGGAUGCCUAAAAUCGUUCUCUUAUUCUUGGUCAAUAUGGGGGCAGUGGACUAACUGACUAACCAACUAACUAACCAACCAAUUUAUAGUGUGCUAGGGGCCAAUUUGCUUAUUCAUAGCUUGUGCCUGAGACAACUAGUUAGAUAUCCAGUCUUCACUACCUGAUUAGAUGGUCAUAAGAGACUGCUGGAAACUGCUAGAGCUCUCUUGAAAUCAUAUUUUGUCACAGAGACAUCAGCAGUCCAAUAUAAGCAUGAAGCAUGUUUUGUGCAAUUAAAAAAGACAUUGGGAGCUUCUUCCUGAACGUCUCUUGGACCCCCACUGCUUACAUAUAUUCUCUUUCUCAUAUGUAUCACAUUUUUUUUUACUCAUAUAAAGCGUUAUCUGAGUAUGUUCUGUUUCACUUUAUUAUUCAUUUCAAUUAUCUAACCCUGAGAAAUCUUUGGAAUACUUAAACCUCCUUUUCCAUUUCCAUAGUUUUGAGACUUUUUUCUUUAUACCUUAGCGCAGGGAUUAAAAAUAUUUUGUGAAAAUGUACAGAAAUAUUUUCAGCUUUGUGUGUUAGUCUGUGUUUCAACUUCUCAGCUCAGCCAUUGCCUUGCUAAAGAUGUCAGAGACAAUAAGUAAGUAAAUGGUGCAGCUGUGUUCCAAAAAACUUCACUUACAAAAACAGAUGGUAGGUUGGAUUUGGCCUAUAGGUUGUAGUUUGCCAACCUCUGCCAAAAUGUACAAAUGAGGAUAUAAAACACCAAUCCUAUUCUCUACUUUGCCUUACCUUUUUCCAGUUCAGUUCUGACCAAUUGUGAAUGGACCUGUACAUUUUUCAGGAUAAAAAACAGUUUUGUCCUUGAUUGUCUGUCUGUGGUAACCAUCAAUAAUCCUCACCUUCUGGUGUUUGUGUCCUUCUAUAAUUUUCUUUCACAUGGUAUUAGGGUUGUUAUGUAUGACCAAUAGAACAACAGUAGAAAUGAUGGGAUGUUGCUUCUGAGGCUAGGUCAUAAAAGAAAGUGUGAAUUCUGCCUCUUUUGUUUCUCCCAGAUCAGUUGAUCUGGGAGCAGGUAGUUACCAAGUUGUGAGCUACCCUGUGUAGGGGACUGUGUGAUGAGGAAUGGAAGCCUCCUAUGGAAAGUCACAAGGAACUGAGGCCUCUUGGCAGGAGCCAUGUCAGUGAGCCUUCUUGGAAGCCAAGUCUCCAGCCAGAGUCAAGCCUUCGGAUGACUACAGCCCAGCAGACUUCCUGACAGCAACAAGAGAUCCUGAGCCAGAUCCAUCCCUAAAGCUGUUUAGGAUUCCUGUCCUUCAGAAACAGUGUGAAAUUAUAAAUGCUUGUUGUUUAUUUAUUUGUAUAAACUUAGGGAAUGACACCUUAUGAGCUUCAUCCACACCUGGGUCUCAUGAGUUUCUGGACUUUGAGCUGAUGAUGUAAUAGGAUGAUACUUUUGGGGGCCACAGAAGGGGAUGAAUGUAUAUUGCAAGUGGGAAGAGCAGAAAUAAUUGGUGGCCAAAGGGUGGCCUCCUAUAUUAUUCAGCCUCCUAGAUGGUCCCUAAUGGCCCCCACCUCCUGAUAUUCUCACCCUUUUCAAAUAAUCAACCAUAUUCUGUUAAGGUUGAUCUGUAUGAGCAAUAGAAUAUGGCCAAAGUUAUGGUAUGACACUUAUGAGGACAGGCCAUAAAAGAGAGUGAGGCUUCUAUAUUCCAAGGUGCUUGGGAAAAUUUAUAAUCUCACCAGCAGUUUAUGUGAGUUUGUGUUGCUCCUUUUCCUCUCCAACACAUACUAAACAAACAAAUAAACCCGUUGUGCUCAAGUUGAUGCCAACUCAUAGCAACCAUAUAGGAGAGAGUAGAACUGCCCCUUCGGCUUUCCAAGGCUGUAAUCUUUAUGGAAGUAGACUGCUACUUUUCUCUUCCAUGGAGUGGGAGCUUUCAGUUUGUAGCUGAGCACUUUAUUCACUGUGCCACCUGGACUUCUACAUUUGUGAAACUCUCACAUAUCAUCUUCAUCCUUCAUCAAUGUAGAUAACACACUCAUCACCCCGGAAAGUCUCCUAGUGACCCCAAGUACUACUUUCCUCCUGCUCCUACCCACACAGAUGACUAUAGUACGGAUUUUGUUAGCAUAGAUUUUCAUUUUUUAAAGCUUUGUGUAUACAUAUAUAAAAUAUAUAUAACAUAGAACCAUGCAGUUUGUACAUCUUUUGUUUGGAUUUUUUAGCUCAACAUAAUUAUUUUCAGAUUGAUUUGUGUUGUUAUGCGUAUCAAUAAUUGAUUUCUUUUUAUUGGUGAGUAGCGUUCCAUUUUAUGGGUAAAACACAAUUCAUCCAUUCCCUGGUUGAUAGAUAUUUGGGUUGUUUCCAUUUUGUGGUUAUUACUAGUAAAGUUACCAUGUGUAUUCACUCACAAGACUGUGUUUGGACAUAGAUCUUCUUUUGGAUAAAAAUAAUUUUCUAGGAGUAGAAUGGUUGGAUCAUACGGUAGGUGCUUGUUUACAUUCUUAAAAACCUGUCAAACUGUUUUCCAAAGGGAUUGUUCCACUUUAUAUUCCCACUUGCAGUGUUUGAGAGCUCACUUCCUCCACAUCUUGGCCAGCACUGGAAUGAUCUUUAUACUUUUAGCCAUUCUAAUUAGCAUGCAGUAUGGAAACCCUGGUGGCGUAGUGGUUAAGUGCUACGGCUGCUUACCAAAGGGUCAGCAGUUCAAAUCCGCCAGGCGCUCCUUGGAAACUCUACGGGGCAGUUCUACUCUGUCCUAUAGGGUUGCUAUG